AUGGCAAAUAAGCACUCAGACUCCUCGCUCAAAAUCUUGUCCCCAUAUUCAAGCCAACAUAAUACUGUAGACCAUUACAAAGAAGAACGUACUGACCAAUUCACACCUUCCGUGUCCAACGAUAACCUACCAUUUCCCACACCAGCCAAGUCCGAAACAGAUCUUUCAUCCACGCCAUCAGAGCCUCCCUCUACAGCUCCGCGGAUACGACUAGGAGGCACACCAGCGAUCGUAAUCGGGAUAUUGUUCUGUGCCACAGUGAUUGCUGCGCUGCACCAUGUUUACCUGUCUAUCCUGCGAGGACGCAAAGUAUCAGGCCAAUUCUGGAUAAAGAACUCUUCCAACGCUCUGAGUACAUCGGUCCAGUGGCUUUGCACAGCAUCAAUUAUGGUAUCACUUACGCAACUCAUCUGGUGGUUCAUCCGCCGCCGACCGUUCACUGUCCUUCAAUUGAACCAUUUAUUCGGUUUACCUGGUCUUUCUCAAAUUCUCUACCUCGCGUCAUCCAGGAGACUGUGGAAUAUUAUUCCCGUUAUAGCCAUGGCAACGCUUUUGCAAGCAUUGGCGCUCGUAUCCAUUCUUGCUCCCAACUCUCUCGAAGUUGGCUCAGCUUCGCCCAAAAUCACCACUAUCUCCGUACCCACAGUUUUCUUCAGUAAAUCCAAUAUCUCUGAAACGCAUUGUGAUUACUACCCUUCUCCAGCAUGGGAAAAGGUUCUUGAUCGCGCAUUGCAGUCAAAUACACUCAUUGGCUGGAAUGCACCUGUAGGGUGUGGAACUGAAUGCAAUUGCACUGUCCAAUACAACGCACCUGCUCUGAAAUGUACAGAUCUCAGCACAGAUGAAGUAAACGCAAUGCUCUGGCAGAACCCUCACUUCCCUGCGACUGUGUAUAAUGCUACCUCCAACCUUACCAACCCUAGCACUGGUGCGAAUAUGUCCAUGGCGUGGCGUACGUACAAUUCCAAUGGGGAAUCAACCACUGCUGGAGCUCGUUGUUCUCUAUAUAACACUACCCAGCAAUCUGUGGUAUCAUUCGUAAACAACACCGGAAUAAUUUCCCCCAGUAUCAUAUCCUACAACGCAAAAUACCACUUCGAGCAGAGUUUCUCCUGCGGUGCGGUCCAUGGCCGCAACCCCCUCUACCCUCAACUUGCGGCUUUCCUCACGAUUGUAGGAUGGCUUUAUAACCAGUUAAACGGAAGCAUUCUAUAUUCUUUGCCAAAUUCGACGGUACAUGACUGGAUUUCUAGCACCAACUUGAUGACCAGUAAUUUAUUUUCGAUUAACGAAACGGCGAGAACGUUCACUCCAAACAUCGAGAACGUCACUGGAGCGCUGGAGCAGAUCCUAGUCAAUGUUACCGUCGCACUGAUAACUUACAUGGGCCAUACGGCCGUGGUAAAUGCAUCGGUGGCUCAGGAUCAGCUAAUAUGGGUUUACCAUAGCCAGAGAUUAUGGAUUAUAUACGGUACUGCAUUGAUUUUAACGGCAGUAUGUGGUGUCGUCGGGUUGGUUUGCAUGCUGAAAGAUGGAGAAGAUAGAGACUUGACUUUCUGGGAUAUUGUCCGGGCGACCAGGAACUCGGAAUUGGAUGCAGUGGUAGAAGCCGAGAAUGGUGCACAUACGGGAAAAGAUACCAUGUUACAGUAUGCUGUGCAAGGAAAGGAUUCGGAUGCGAAUACCUCCGGUGUCUUCGUACUUGCCAGGUCCUGUCACGAGGAAUCAUAAGCCUGUAGAUGUAUAUAUCCAAUAAAUCUUUAACUUAUAUUCCCU